AUGCUUAUUGAUUAUAUCGAACAAUUGCAAUAUGAACCAAAUAAAAAUAUGUUGUACUAUGACAGAAAAGAUCUACGUAACACACCAUCAAUUCGUGAUGGUUUGGAAAUUGAAACAGAACGACGAUAUCGCAAAGAAGGCGCUCGAUUUAUUAUGGAAUGUGGUACCCGAAUGGCAUUGGGUCAUCAAACAAUUGCAACGAGUGCGAUUUACUUUCAUCGCUUCUAUAUGUUCCAAACGUUUCAAGAGUUUCCACGUUAUGUGACGGCCAGUUGCUGUUUAUUUUUGGCCGGUAAAGUGGAAGAAACGCCGAAAAAAUGCCGUGACAUCAUUGCAACUGCUCGUUCAAUAUUAACCGAUCCACGUUUUCAGGCGUUCAGUGAAGAUCUACGAAAAGCAAAAGAUGAGAUCAUGACACUCGAAAAAAUCCUAUUGAAAAUAAUUAAAUUUGAUUUAGAAAUUGAACAUCCAUACAAUUUUCUUUUAUCGUAUGCAAAAUGCUUAAAAGGUGACAAAGAAAAAUUACAACAAAUUGUCCAAAUGGCAUGGAAUUUUAUGAAUGAUUCGCUAAGUACAACGGUAUGUUUACAAUGGGAACCGGAAAUAAUCGCAGUGGCCAUGAUUCAUUUGGCGUGUAAAUUGAGUAAAUUUACGGUUGACGAUUGGGUCGGCAAGCGUUCCAAACAUUUGCAAUGGUGGGAUAUGUACAUCGGAUCCGAUAGAACAAUGGAAAUUCUUGACGACAUUUGCCAUCAAGUGCUUGAUUUGUAUCAACAACCAAAUCAACAAGUGACACAAUCAACGCAUACAAAUUCGGUGGCAAUCAAUAAAUCGAAUGCGACAACAGUGACUGGAAAUGCAAAUAUGCCUGCAUCAGAGGCACAAGGAAUGAAACCAAGGGAUCGUCCACAAUUUACAAAACAUAUCGAUCGAUCUAUGCAACAACAUAGUCAUUAUCGUCGCCACAUCCGCCACCAUUGA